AAGAACUUGUCUGUCAGCAAACAGGCGGUACCUAAAUGCAAAUCUUUCCUCCCGCGCCGAGCAACACACAGCAAAACUUCUCUGAAAAUUUCACAACCCAUUGAGUCUGCAGAUAAGCCGAGUCUGCAAACAAAGAAACACGAGAAUAUAAGACCGCUGAAAGGCGAGGUUUCUCAUCAUACCGAGCUAAGACUUCAGCGCCGUACUUCUGAUCAAAAUGAAGAGCUCUACCGUGUUCGUUGGGCUGCUGUUCGCCGUGUUUGCCGCCUGCUGCCAGGCGCAAGUCUUCUCCUGGGGUAACUGCCCAAGAGUGCAAGUGAAGGAAGACUUCAACGCCACCAAGUAUUUCGGAAAAUGGUAUGAGAUUAUGCGCUUCAACAAGACAUCAUUCGAGGAAGGAACUCGCUGCAUCUACGCCGUGUACUCCAACGGCACGCGGCCCGGUACAGUGGGCGUGCGGAACGCCGCCCUGCGAGGCACAGAGGUGGAAACGGCCGAGGGGUACGCCUACGCCCCGGACCCCACCCAGCCCGGCAAACUCAAAGUCAGGCUCUCUGAGUCGUGGUUCGCCGGCAACUACUGGGUUUUGGACACCGACUACCGUUCCUACGCCAUGGUUCACUCCUGCACCGGAUUCUGGCUGUUCAAUUUCCAGCUGAACUGGCUCCUGAGCCCCAUCCGGAACGUCACCAGCGACGUGGUGGAAAGCGCCCUCCAGCGGUUCGAGACCUCUGGCAUCGACAUCUCCAACUUCAUCCGUGCCAAUCAGACACGUUGUCCUGACUUUUAAAGUUGUAGGCGUGGGCACAAAACGCUCUACAAAAGUUUUUUGAAUGAUUUUCUGAGCAGAAAUUUGAUAAAAAACUACCUAUUUGUUAUUUUUUUUGGCAAGAAAGAGCAAUUGGUUAAUUCAAACUUAAUACAAAUUUCCCCACAUUUCAAAAACCACCUUAACAAAAAGGGGAGAAAUGAGAAAGGUAGAAAUAAUGAGAACAUGUUAUUUUGAGCGAGAAGGAUAAGAACGUAUAGGCCUAUUAGGCCA